CACUGUCACCCACAGACCCAGGAGCACACGGCCAGCCCAGGGCCCAGCGUGAGGUGGAGAUGGCGCAUAGCCCGGAGUCCUCGACCGGCUUCCCCCUGCUGGCAGGCAGCUCCAACAGCUCUUCCAACGGCUCCUGGGCCAGCCCGCCAGAGCCCAGCCCCCUGCAGGACCUGGUGGCUGUGGGGGUGCUGGGGGCGGUGCUCUCAGCCAUGGGCACGGUGGGCGUGGUGGGCAACGUGUACACGCUGGUGGUCGUGUGCCGCUCCCUUCGGGCCUCGGCCUCCAUGUACGUCUACGUGGUCAACCUGGCGCUGGCUGACCUGCUCUACCUGCUCAGCAUCCCCUUCAUUGUGGCCACCUACAUCACCAAGGACUGGCGCUUUGGUGACGUGGGCUGCCGCGUGCUCUUCAGCCUGGACUUCCUGACCAUGCACGCCAGCAUCUUCACACUGACCGUCAUGAGCAGCGAGCGCUACGCGGCGGUGCUCAGGCCACUGGACGUGGCACGGCGCUCAAAGGGCUACCGCAAGCUGCUGGCGUUGGGCACCUGGCUGCUGGCCCUGCUGCUGACCCUGCCUAUGAUGCUGGCCAUCCGGCUGGUCCACCGGGGCCCCAAGCGCCUCUGCCUGCCGGCCUGGGGUCCACGCACCCACCGCGCCUACCUGACACUGCUGUUCGGGACAAGCAUUGUGGGGCCAGGCCUCGUCAUCGGGCUGCUCUAUGUGCGCCUGGCCCGCGCCUACUGGCGGUCCCAGCAGGCCUCCUUCAAGCAGACACGCCGGCUGCCCAGCCCGCGGGUGCUCUACCUCAUCCUGAGCAUCGUGCUGCUCUUCUGGGCCUGCUUCCUGCCCUUUUGGCUGUGGCAGCUGCUGGCCCAGUACCGCGAGGCCCUGCCCCUCACGCCUCGCACAGCGUGUAUCGUCAACUACCUGACCACCUGCCUCACCUAUGGCAACAGCUGCGUGGACCCCUUUCUCUACACGCUGCUCUCCAAGAACUUCCGGGAGCGCUGGCGGCACCACUCGCACGCGCCAGGGAACCGUGGUGGCCGUGGGCCCUUGGGCACCACCAGCAUCCCGCUCAGCCGGACCCACGCCAAAUGUGACUCGGGCCACUCGCUUUCCUGCAGCAGCCAGCAGGCCCUGGAGACCCUCCUACUGUCCCCGCCCCGGGUGGGGCCUGCAUCUGAGUGCCCCGGGGGGCAGCAUGGGGUAGGGGUGUGAGAGGCCAGGCAGGGAAGCCUGGGUCACAGAUGAACCCUCGCCGGGCUGUCUCCAAAGCUCCCUGCUUCCUCCUUGGCUCCUAGCUCCUUCCCACAAUGCCAGCACUCCUGAGCACAGGCCGCCUCCAGGCCAGCCCUGGUUUCUCCCACCUGCUGUGCACCCGCCCUGCCCACCUAUCCCCUCCUUCAGCACUUGGAACAGUAAGCUGGAAGGGAGGGAGGCAGGCAGGCAGGCUGUCCAGGGCCUGGAAGGGACCCACAGCGCAGUCUCUCUGCCCUCCAGGCCCGUGCUCAUGGCUCGUCAUCGGGUGGGCAGCCGGGUGCUUUAGAAGGGCAGGCCUGGGCCGGAGGGCUGAGGCGGGAGGAGGACGGCUUAGCUGAGACCCCAUCGUGGACAGCAGAGGCCUUUUGGUGGCACAGCCUGCACCAGGCUAACGCUGGCAGUGAGGACACUCAUGACCCCCUCAACAAGCCCCUACCCUGGCCACAGCUCAGCAACCGCCCCUUCCCAGGAAAGUCACCUCCUUGUCCCCCGCCACAGUGCCCCCUCCCACCUGCUCCCCUCUCCACAGGGGUGCCUGGGGAUGGCGCCUCCGGAAGGGUCAGCGCCUGCAUGGCAGGGCAGUCACUGUCACAGUGAGGCACCAGUGUGGCUGUGCCAGCUGUCCAGGAAAAGGCGGGCACAGGGUGUGGGGCUCCUCUGGACCAGGAGGGUUGGGGCUCGACAGUGCUUCACUGUGGCUAAGGGUGCGUCCAUGACCGGGGCCCCGCCUUCAGGACGGGAAGGGCUGCGGUGUGGCAGCUCUGGUGAAGCGCUUGCCUGGCAUGCACCAGACCCUGGCUUCUGCCCCGAGCAUUGCCAAACAAGCAGGUCACAAAGCGGGUGGGGGGUGGAGGGCUGGUCACCGGGUGUCCUGCCGGCCUCUUGAUGCAGGGGGGCUUGAGUUUUACAAACCCUUUUUCUUUUUUGACCAAGCCCAAUUCCUAAAGC